CCAUAGCAACAGAGGCUCCUCUUCUACUCUGGUGCCUAUGUCACAAUAAGAGCAGGUGGAAUUUAACAAUACCCCACUUUUAUGACCAAACCUGGUGCUGAUCAGCUCUAAAAGUGACAACAUAUACAAUACCAUGUUUAGUAUGGGAAAAAAGAAAUAUAGUUAUGAUAAAUGGACACAACCUGGCUGGAGAAUAGAGCAGAAAUAUUCAAACAAAGUUCUAGUUGGAAACUGGGUGGAAGAGAAACUGCAGUUUACUCGAGAGUGUAAGACGGCUAACACCACCAGUCGUGUAGACUACCAGCCACAGAGGGACCACCGACCAGACAUCUUAACACGAGGAAUGGCGUUGCGGAAAUCUGAGGGCCUUCCUGCCAAGCUGCUUCUGUCCCACCAUGGCACGGAGCCCUCCCAUUAUCUGGUCACCCUCUAUGAUGAAAUGUACGGGCGCCAGGGCACCUCCACCCUGCCCACCUUGCGCUCCUGGCAUCCAGACAGGCUGGCAUGGACACCAGAGAAGUCAGACCACCCAAGCUUGGCGCCUCCAACUAACUUUGGUCUGGUGGAGUCUAGACAGGUCCGUUUGGGCAAGCAGCAGCCUCCCCUUGCAGUGCUAAGUGUGUACAGGUCAGAGUACAAGAAGCACCCACUCAGUGCUUUCUGCCAGACCCGUUUAGCCAGUGUGCCGCGUCUCCUCUCUAGUAACCUACAUCCAGCCAAUCUUCAGAACAAGGACCUGGAUCUGAAACAGCGGCCCUGCAGACAGGUUCCAGACAACCCAGUCACCGCCAGCCUCCUCCCUCCCGUAACGGGUGUAGACGCAGGGCUCAUGUCCUGA